GAGAGGCAGUGGGGAAGACAAAGUGACACAAGAAGGGGGUGGAGAAAAAGAGAGGAAGAGAGAGAGAACCAUAUUAAAGGAAUAAAACCAAGCAACUGAGAAGCACAAACAGUCCCACUCCUCUAUAAAAAGGAAAAGUGCCAAAGCAAGGAAAGACACCGUAAAGAUACUGGAAAUCAGAGGCUGUGCCUGAUUCUCCCUUCAAGGCUUCUCACCCUUCCUGGUGAGCAAAAAUGGGGGACUGGAGUUUCCUGGGAGAGUUCCUCGAGGAGGUUCACAAACACUCCACAGUGGUGGGGAAAGUCUGGCUGACCGUUCUCUUCAUCUUUCGGAUGCUGGUGCUUGGUACAGCAGCCGAGUCCUCAUGGGGCGACGAGCAGUCCGACUUCAUGUGUGAUACCCAGCAGCCUGGUUGUGAGAAUGUCUGCUAUGACAAGGCUUUCCCCAUCUCCCACGUCCGGUUUUGGGUCCUCCAGAUCAUCUUUGUCUCCACUCCAUCUCUGGUGUACAUGGGCCACGCAAUGCACACAGUGCGCAUGGAAGAGAAGAGGAAGAUGAAGGAAGCAGAAAUAGAGGCCCGGGAGAUGAAAAGCAGCGGUGACACAUACUACCAGCAGAAGUGCUCCGUGGCAGAAAAGGCUGAGCUCUCUUGCUGGGAUGAAUCAGGAGGCAAAAUUAUACUUAGGGGCAGUUUGCUGAACACCUACGUCUACAGCAUUUUGAUUCGCACUGCCAUGGAAGUGGCCUUCAUUGUGGGACAGUACAUCUUGUACGGGAUCUUCCUGGAGACCCUAUACAUUUGCCAGCGGGCCCCUUGCCCCCAUCCAGUCAACUGCUACGUUUCCCGGCCCACUGAGAAGAACGUGUUCAUUGUCUUCAUGCUGGCAGUGGCCGUGCUCUCUCUGUUCCUCAGCCUGGCUGAGCUGUACCACUUGGGCUGGAAAAAAGCCAAAGAGAAGUGCUCUCGGGCUUACAAACCCAGCCCCAGCACAGCCCCUGGCAGACUGGAGUCUGCCCCACAAGUAGAGAGGGCCCAGAUGUACACUCCCCCUCCAGAUUUUAAUCAAUGCUUGGCAAGUCCCAAUGGGAAGUUCAUCAGCCCCUUCAGCAAUAAGAUGGCUUCACAGCAGAACACUGCCAACUUCGCCACCGAGAGGGUCCACAGUCAGGAGGACGCCACCAGCGAGGGGCCCUUCAUUAAGUCCAGCUACGCGGAGAGCCCCGAGGUGGCCAAUGAGUGCGCAGCGCCUGUCUUCCCCGAGAGCUACUUCAAUGAGAAGCGCCGACUCAGCAAGACCAGCCGUGCCAGCAGUAAGGCCAGGUCGGAUGAUCUGUCUGUGUGACCUGUCCCUGGGAGGGAUGAGGAACAGUCUUAGCGCUUAGCAAACUUCUACAAGAUGGACUCCAGACUUUCGCCAUUAACCUCUCUUUUAGCACCCUCCUGCUCCUUUUCAGUGAACAUCAUUGUCACAUUGCAGGAAGCAUCCCUCACAGCUUAAGACAGAGGCAGCCACAGGGGCACACACACCUGGAGGCUGAAGAGAGGCACCCAUCCUGAUGAAAAUACAGUCAAAAAGGGCCAUGUUCACAUCUCAUGGGACCCACGGGGAUUGGGGACUUCCUGUCCU